CUCUCUACCAAAAAUUUAAAUUGACAUUUUUUUUUUCCAGAAAUGAAAUAGGAUCGUGAACUAUGAAAAAGAACCUACAAAAAUGUGUUGCAAUUAAUUCGUUUUGAACAAAUAAGAGGUAUCUCUGAAAAAAUUAAGAUAUCAGAAAAACACAAGGUCACUUUACUUCUGUGGUGGAAGUGCACAGGUCUAGACAGAAGUUUAAAGUUUGAAUUUAAAAAACGCAAAAUAAAAUAGUUGAUUAUAGAUUUGAAAAAGGGUCACACUAAGGCAAUAUUAGCCACAAUCAGGAGUAGUUAAUCUAUAUGACGGUAAAAAAGUUUUCAUUCCCCUAACCUAUAAAUGGUGGUGCUCAAAUUGAAAUUCAAAAAAAAUUCCGAAUACGGAUUUUGGAAACUUACUUAAAUGGCAGACAAUGGCAUAGGAUCUUCAAAAGAGGACAGCGCAUCGUUGAUUGUACAAAGUAAUUUAGAGUGCAAAAAUCUUUAUGAUUAUUUGAAAACUUUGCCUCGGAAGAUUCUUGAGCGGCUUUACAAUCAUCCGUCAAUAUGUCUAGCUGUUUACAGAGAAUUACCGGAAUUAGCAAGACAAUAUGUUAUUAGAAUUUUGUUUGUUGAGCAGCCAGUACCCCAAGCAGUGGUUGCUUCAUGGGGAUCGCAGGUGUAUUCAAAGGAGCAUAACUAUGUUAGUAAAGUAUUAACAGAAUUGUCUGUAUGGCUCGAAGCUACCAUACAAGGUGGUCUUAUGGGUUGGAUACUGUCCCCUACUUUUAAAAAGAACCUCAAGAUCGCCUUGUUAGGAGGUGGGAAACCUUGGAGUAUGUCUUCUGCUUUAGAAGUUGAUAGCAAAGCUAGAGACAUCAAUUUUCUAGAUGCCUACUCAUCAGAAAGAUGGGAGUGCGUUUUGCAUUAUAUGGUUGGAUCACAGCAGCAAGAAGGCAUCUCAGCUGAUGCCGUAAGGAUUUUGCUUCAUGCUGGUCUCAUGAGGCGAGACGAAGAAGAUGGAAGCCCUGUCAUAACCAGACAGGGAUUUCAAUUUUUAUUACUAGAUAGGCAUGCCCAAGUAUGGCACUUUAUACUGCAAUACCUGGACACUGUGGAACAAAGAGGGCUCGAUUUAGUAGAAUGUUUAACUUUUUUGUUUCAGUUAAGUUUCAGUACUUUGGGUAAGGAUUACAGUACAGAGGGUAUGGGCCCUAAUUUACUAGUAUUUUUGCAACAUUUGCGAGAGUUCGGCUUGGUGUACCAAAGAAAGAGGAAAGCAGGUCGCUUUUAUCCUACUAGACUAGCACUAAAUAUUACCAAUAGCCAAAACAAGAAUGCUCCUAUCCUCACAGAAGAUACUCCGAAAGGCUAUAUUGUAGUAGAAACAAAUUAUAGGGUGUAUGCUUACACCGAUUCCAAUCUCCAAGUGGCCCUUAUAGCGCUAUUCACUGAGCUCAUGUAUAGGUUUCCUAAUUUAGUUGUAGGUGUAAUUACUCGUGAUUCCAUAAGGCAAGCUCUCCGAGGAGGCAUAACUGCUGACCAAAUAAUAGGCUACCUCAAACUGCAUUCCCAUCCACAAAUGCUGACUACAGAGGCAAAGAACCCUUUACCCCCCACUGUGGUUGAUCAAAUUAAACUAUGGGAGCUGGAAAGAAAUAGGUUAACUUAUCACGAAGGCGUCCUCUAUAGUCAGUUCCUUUCACAGGCCGACUUCAACGUACUGAAAGAGUAUGCUCAGUCGAUGGGUGUUUUGAUAUGGUGCAACAAGGAAAAGCGCACCCUGGUGAUAAACAAGAACGCCCACGACGAUGUAAAAAAAUUCUGGAAAAAGUAUUCCAAAGGGAGUUAGAACUGACUAGUAUUACGAUUAAGUGUAUAUCAAAUUUGUAACCUAGAUUUUCAAAGUAA